AUGCAGCAGUGGCAGACUGUGCCCCCAACCAGUGUGCCCCCACCCAGUGUGCCCCCACCCAGUGUGCCCCCACCCAGUGUGCCCCCACCCAGUGUGCCCCCACCCAGUGUGCCCCCACCCAGUGUGCCCCCACCCAGUGUGCCCCCACCCAGUGUGCCCCCACCCAGUGUGCCCCCACCCAGUGUGCCCCCACCCAGUGUGCCCCCACCCAGUGUGCCCCCACCCAGUGUGCCCCCACCCAGUGUGCCCCCACCCAGUGUGCCCCCACCCAGUGUGCCCCCACCCAGUGUGUAG